AAAUCCGCGAGCACUCCUGCCGCAUUCGUCUGUCAAUGCCCCCUUCCCCAAUUAUCAACGUUGGCGGUGGGUUGAACGAGCUGCGCUUCGACCGCGGUCUUCCCCGCGCGUGCCAACUUCGAGUUUGGGGGAGCGGGGGAGCGUCCACCACUCUGCCCCCUUCCACCGUGUAGGUCUGGUCUCGGGGCGUCGCGGCCUGGGCAGGAGGGCCGCCCCUCUCCUCUCCCCGGGGGAGCCCGCGCGGAGGUCGCCCGAGGGGCCCUCGGAGCCCUCCGGGCUGCGCCGCGGGCCGCGUGCGCCGCCGCCGCCGCCCGGUGCUCCCGCUGGGGGGCGCCCGUGGUGACGCUCGGGGCGAGCUACCCGGGCCGCGCCGCCCCCGCCGGGCUGCGGUACUGGCCGGACUUCGUGAGCGCCGCCGAGGAGGCGGAGCUGCUGGCCACGCUCGACCUCGAGGAGGCGUGGAUGCGCCGCAUCGGCCGGGCGCAGCAGUACUUCGGCCUCGUCUACUACCAGACCUCGCGCCCAGACCCCGUGCUGCAGCCCGGCGGCGCUCAGCCCGGGCCUCAGCGGGGCUGCCGGCCUCUGGGCGACCUGCCCGCGUGGCUCCUGCCGAGGGUGGUGGGCACCGGCGUGUUCGACGACAGCGCUCAGGCCGUGAACCAGGUGCAGGCCAACGAGUACCUCCGGGACAGCGGCAUCGGCACGCACGUGGAGGACCCCGCCGCCGGGCCCGCCUUCGCCACGCUGUCGCUGCUGCGGCCCGCGCAGCUCACGCUGCAGCGCGCGCCCCGCGGCCGGCCGCUGCGCGCCGCGGAGCGCGACGCGCAGGACUGCGUCAAGGUGCUCAUGGAGCCCCGGAGCCUGCUGGUGCUCAGCGGCGAGAGCCGCCACGCCUUCGCGCACGCGGUGCGGCGCACGCGGCUGGUGCCGCUGCGGGGCGGCGCGGUGCUGCGGCGCGGCGAGGACUACCGGAGGGUGUCGCUCACGUUCCGCGCCAUCCUCCCCCACGAGUGCAGCCAGGAGCGCCGGGACCUGCCCGCGGGCGCUGUCCCCUUCGAGCUCCGACCGAGCCGCGCUGGGAAAGAGGCCGCCGGCGCGGCGGCGGAGGCGCCCGCGCCGCCGCCGCCCGCCGAGGCGGCCGCCGAGGCCCGCUCGAUCCCGCCCCUGGAGCCGGAUCCCUCCGAGUACGAGGGGCGCCUGGAGGCGAAGGCGGCUGCCGUGCGGGGGCAGUUGGCGGAGCACUUGGGCGGCCUGAGCGCGCCGCUGGCCGUGGUCCCCUCGCCGCCGCUGCACCAUCGGCACCGGGUGAAGUCGUGGAUGUACCGGAUAGACGACGCCAGGUGGGCGCUGAAGGCGCUGGAUCCAGAUAGCCGCAUUCCGGUGCCCGUGUUCCAGAGCCCGCUGUGGAGCCACAAGAUUCUACAGGCUUGCUCCACAUCCGCCGAUCUCUUUAUUCGGAAUGCCCUGAGGGCUUCCCAGGUUCCGUGUACUGGGUAG